AAACAAAAUUGUCAGUGUCUAAAACUGCUUCGCACCGGGUAGUCCAAGUUUAUAAGCAAAAUUACAUUUGGAUCAAAGUCAUUUGUUAAAUUUAUCAUUUUUUUGAUGUAACACAAAUCUACAACUCUGUGAAAUGUCGGAAUCAUCUAGAUCGAAGUCGUCUUUAAACCUCAACCCUGCUCCAACAUUACAAUGUAAAGAUUUACACGAAUAUUUAAAAAGCCGCUCCCCACAAUUUUUGGAAACUUUAUAUAACUAUCCUACGAUUUGUUUAGCAGUUUAUCGGGAAUUGCCAGAACUUGCUCGACACUUUGUUAUUCGUCUCCUAUUUGUAGAACAGCCAGUUCCUCAAGCUGUAGUCACAUCUUGGGUGUCUCAAACUUAUGCUAGAGAACAAAGUAAAGCUGGUGAGGCUUUAUCAGAGCUGUCAGUAUGGCAAGAGGCACCGAUACCUGGUGGGAUGCCAGGCUGGAUGCUGGCACAAUCUUUCAAGAAGAAUCUAAAAGUGGCUCUUCUGGGAGGGGGUCGUCCAUGGAGUAUGUCGUCGUCCCUAGAGCCGGAUGGCAAGGCGCGGGACGUCGCGUUUCUGGACGCGUACGCGCUGGAACGAUGGGAGUGCGUGCUGCACUAUAUGGUGGGCAGCGCACAGACCGAGGGCAUCAGUGCCGAUGCUGUACGAAUACUUCUCCACGCCGGUCUUAUGACUAGAGAUGCUGAGGACGGGUCUGCAGUUAUAACUAGAGCUGGAUUCCAGUUCCUACUCCUAAGUACUGCUAAACAGGUGUGGCUGUUCCUGCAGCACUACCUGCAGACGGCGGAGCGCCGCAGCCUCAGCGCCGCCGAGUGCCUCGCCUUCCUCUACCAGCUCGGGUUCAGCACGCUGGGGAAGGAUUACAGUACAGAAGGCAUGAGUAACAACAUGCUGGUGUUUUUGCAACAUCUAAGAGAAUUUGGUCUCGUCUACCAGAGAAAGCGUAAAGCGGGCCGCUUCUACCCGACCCGGCUGGCCCUGAACAUCGCGAGUGUGAGGGACGGGCCCGGGGCCCUGGAGGCGGCGCGCUCCCCCGGGUAUAUCGUGGUGGAGACCAACUACCGGGUCUACGCAUACACGCAGACGGCCCUGCAGGUGGCGCUGCUGGGGCUGUUCACGGAGCUGGUGUACAGGUUUCCUAACCUGGUGGUAGGCGUGGUGACGCGGGAGUCAGUCCGCCAGGCGCUGCGGGGCGGCAUCACCGCCGACCAGAUCCUGCACUAUCUGGAGCAACACGCGCACCCGCAGAUGUUGAAGACAGAGACAGGAGGCAUCCGUUCUACCUCUCUCCUUCCGCCCACCGUCGUAGACCAGGUGCGGCUCUGGGAGAGCGAGCGGAACAGAUUCACCUACACCGAGGGAGUCGUGUACAACCAGUUCCUAUCACAGGCGGAUUUCGUAGUACUCCGCGACUACGCCAAGCAGCAGGGCGUCCUCACCUGGCAGAGCGAACGAGCCCGCACUAUGGUCGUCACCAGGGCAGGACAUGACGACGUCAAGAAGUUCUGGAAGCGGUACUCUAAGACCGCCUAGAUUGACAUAUAUUCACCAACACUGAAGUCUACCGCUAUUAUGAUGUACUUCAAGACCGCCUAAAUACCGUCAACGUGAUGACGUCAAGAAGUACUGAAAGCUAGCAAUACUGAAAUCUACCGCCAGAUGUACUUUAAGACUGCCAUCUGCCACACAACGAUGGCAAGAUCUUCAAGAGAUUCGGCAAUAUGGUGGUUACUAAGACCGCGUAGAUUGACAUAUUGACACCAAUACUGACAUCUACCGCCAGAUAAUGUAUUUCAAGACCGCCAUCUGCCCCAUCGCUCUAACAAGACGAUGGCAAGAUCUUCAAGAGAUUCGGCAAUAUGGUGGUCAAUAGGACCGGACAUAAUGAUGUCAAGAAGUUCUGGAAGCGGUACUCUAAGAGCGCCUAGAUCAACAUAAUGUCCAGCAAUACUGACAUCUACCGCCAGAGGUACUACAAGACCGCCAUCUGCCCCAUCGCUCUAACAAGACGAUGGCAAGAUCUUCAAGGGAUUCGGCAAUAUGGUGGUCACUAGGACCGGACAUAAUGAUGUCAAGAAGUUCUGGAAGCGGUACUCUAAGACCGCGUAGAUUGACAUAGUUACACCAAUACUAACAUCUACCGCCAGAUAAUGUACUUCAAGACCACCAUCUGCCCCAUCGCUCUAACAAGACGAUGGCAAGAUCUUCAAGGGAUUCGGCAAUAUGGUGGUCACUAGGACCGGACAUAAUGAUGUCAAGAAGUUCUGGAAGCGGUACUCUAAGACCGCGUAGAUUGACAUAGUUACACCAAUACUAACAUCUACCGCCAGAUAAUGUACUUCAAGACCACCAUCUGCCCCAUCGCUCUAACAAGACGAUGGCAAGAUCUUCAAGGGAUUCGGCAAUAUGGUGGUCACUAGGACCGGACAUAAUGAUGUCAAGAAGUUCUGGAAGCGGUACUCUAAGACCGCGUAGAUUGACAUAUUGACACCAAUAUUGACAUCUACCGCCAGAUAAUGUACUUCAAGACCACCACCUGUCCCAUCGCUCUAACAAGACGAUGGCAAGAUCUUCAAGGGAUUCAGCAAUGAUGGUCCGUAGGACCAGACAUAAUGACGUCAAGAAGUUCUGAAAGCGGUACUUUUAUGACCGCGUAAAUUAACAUAUUUACACCAGUACUGAUAUCUACCACUGUCAUGUUGUAUUUUAAGACUCUAAAUAUCAUAGUCGUCCUAGCACGACGAUGUGAAGAUGUUCAAGGGAUGCUGGAAGCAGUCAAGCCUCAUUGAUAUCAAUAAAUUCUGCAAGCGGUACUCCCUAAAUAAACAUAUUUACAUCAAAACUGACAUCUACCGCCAUAAUCAUGGCUGCAUACCGCCAAUGGGAUUCAGAAGUUAAACAAGACAUUGUGGGUUACCUAUAAUGCGAAGAGAUGGCGCUGCCUUGCAGCUUAAAAAUGGCUAGAAGAAUUUCGACGCGGUCCGUGAGGGCCGCGGUAGCAUAAUUGGUCAGUGCAUUCGCCCGGAUUGCGAAGGAAGCUGGUUUGAGUCCCGUCUGCUGCCUGGUCCGCGUGGAAUUUUUUCUAGUUAUAUUUUCUUUAGAGUUAAACAAGAGUUUCAGAUAAGGUGUUAUUAAUCUCCCUUUUUUGGUACAAGCAACUAUAUUAGUUACACUGCUGUAUAUAAGAUUCUGAUAUAUUACAUACCUACCUAUUCUGUACAUUAUUGGUUACAUACAACUAUAAUCAACUGGCUGGUUCUGAAUGGUACAAAGGCCCAGGCACGAACUGGACAGAUACGUAUUCGUAUCGUCAUCGUCAAAUUCCGUAAGGAGCCAGUUUGUUCUUACGUCCGGUAGGGGCGCUGCUGUUGUUCUCAUAGCAACUUUAACGAUGCGAUACGAUUAAGAAGUUAUUAAAACAUCUACCAGUUAAAUGCUCAAAAAAUAUGUUUAACUUCUUCUUCUGAACGGUGGGUGUUCUCCGCAACUCGACUCCAGAUGCCUAUUUUGCGUGAGAGGAUGGGCUUAGUCAUGCCAUCCCUGAUAUGAUUAUCUUUCAAAUGUUUAAUACUUAUAAAGGUAUUCGCUUGAUAUGAGACCCAACGUUACCUACAAUGCGAAGAGAUGGUAAAGAAAGAAAUUAGAGCUAGAGAGAAUUCGACACGGACAAUUAGGGCCGCAGUGCAUCCGUCCGGAUAGCGGAGAGUUCGAGUCCCUGUCUGGUCCGAGUGGAGUUUUUUCUAGUAUCGUUUUCUUUUAAUUUAAACGUCUAACAGUUAUAUGCUUAAAUAUGUAUUACCGAGUCCUCAACCGAGCUUGGACAGUUGAGUUCGGGUCUGGUUCUGACAUGAUUAUCUAAACUUUAGUUUCACAAGUGUUUCUUAUUCAUUGUUUAAAGAGCAAGACAAGGAUAGUGUUCUCAAAUUUUGUUGUAGAUGACUCCACCCCUCCUGGUGUUAACUGACGGUGAAGUCCAGACGUGAAGAUAGCUGGGGGUAAUUCGCCUAACAGAAAUACUUUGGAAAACACUUCUUCUUUCCUUAAGUCUAAAGAGUCAAAUUAAUAUUUGGAGUCGGUGCCAUGUUAUUUGUUUUUAUAGCCAGAUAGGCAAAUGACUCUACCCCACCUGAGGGCCAUUCGUCUAACGGAAAUGCUAACGCUUUCGAUUUCAUUUUGUUAUUUCUGAUUGCCGAAGGUUUUCAAAUACCUCACGCUCAUUUUCUUUAAUAUUGUUAUUACCAAUGCAAAAGAAAGAGCGCGAGGCAUUUGAAAACCUAAGGCGGCUAGAAAGAACAAAAUGAAAUCGUAAGAGUUAGCGUUUUCCAAAGCAUUUCCGUUAGGCGAAUGGCCGCCUGGUACAGCAUUCUUAGGUUUAGAUAAUCAUGCCAAAUUUGAGCCUUUUUUAGUUUUAAUUUAAUGUGUGAACUUUCAAGACGGGAAACGUUCGUUUUUUCAGCGCCGUGCGCUGGGUUACCUAUUUAAGUAUCCUAAUGUAAAAUUUUGUAAAUAAAUAUUUUUUAUACUGUACA